CCCCCAGGUGGGCGAGCGUCGCACCAAGCUGUCCUCCUUGGUGCGCUUCCCGCUGACGGCGCUCGACAUGACGCCGCACGUGGUGCGCCGCUCGCAGAGCACGUGGACGCUGCUCUCUCACUGGUCGCCGUGGAGACGACCCCGCGGACUGGGGGCCGACCCCGACGACCUCCGCUACGACCUCUACGCCGUGUGCAAUCACAACGGCCGCCUGCUGCAGUCGGGCCACUACACGGCCUUCUGCAAGAACUCUCUGGAUGGCCAGUGGUACUGCUUUGACGACAGCGCGGUGGAGGCGGUGGAGGAGGAGCGGGUGUGCACGCGAGCCGCCUACAUCCUCUUCUACCAGAGACGCAGCGCCAUCCCGGCCUGGUCGGCCAGCAGCUCCCACGCCGGCUCCACGUGCUCCUCCCUGUCGGAGCACUGGGUGAACCGCCUGCCCGGCCUGGAGCGCAGGCCCAGCCUCGCGUCGAAGGCCUCGACCAGCGGGACAUCUCCCGCGUCGCCGCACGACUCGCCCUCCACCUCGCACGACCCGCUGCCCACCACGGACGAAGAUGGCGCCAGCCCCUUCAUCGGCGGCUUCUCGUCGCGCCCGUUUGCCCGCGGGGUCCAGUCCACGGCUCCGUCGUCGCCCUUCUCCGCCAACGGGCGGCGUCCCCACACCAACUCCUGCGCCCUGCCUCCCUUGUCGGCCUCCUCCUCGCCGGCGGCCUCCUUCCCCUCCGUCAGGGCUCGCCCGGCCUCCAUGCCGGCCACGCUGCCCCGCAAGGCCGACCCCUCCCUCGGCCCGGCCGGGCCCUCCGCGACGGCCGCGGCCGGGGCGGCGGCGGCGGCCGCGUCUUCGCGUCACGGCCUGCCCAGGGCUCGGAGCGUCAGCCGAGACGCCCCCCCCUCCUCCUCCUCCGCCACCUCCUCCUUGCUGGUCCAGCAGCAGCAGCAGCAGCACCGGCGGCAGCAGCAGCAGCAGCAGCAGCACGGGUCGGAUCGGCGCUCCUGGAGCGGCGCGGCAACGGCGGUCCGUCCCGGAAUCCUCCUCGUCGACCGCCGCCGCCCCCUCCCGCGGCCGCCCCUCCUCCUCCUCGUCCUCCACCUCCGUGGCGCCGCCGCCGCCCGGCGACCCGCGCCGGCGCCCGGCCGGCGGCGGCGGCGCGGCGGCGGCGCUGAGGAGGACGACGACUCUCCCUCGAUCGUCGGACGCGGCGUCGGCGUCGCCCGCCCGGCUGCCGGCGUCGUUGGAUGUCGCGGGGUCGCUGCAGAGGCAGAGGAGGGCGGCUUCGGCGCAGCGGUCUUCUUCGGCGAGCCGCUCGUCGCUCUCGUCGUCGUCCGGCCGGCUGCCGGGGCCCGAGAGGCGCGGGACGGCGGCCGGGGCGGUCGCCGCCGCCGCCUCCUCGCCCCGCCGGCGAGCGAGGGCCGCCGCCAGGACGGACUCCGGCACCGAUUCCGCGAACGUCGGCAAGCCGGACAGGGGCGGCCACGCCGCCUCCGCCGCCGCCAAACCCGCGGGCGUCGGCGUCGUCGCGGCCGCUCCUGCCAAAUCCGAGCGAUCCGCGGCUUCUGCCAAAUCGGACGGCGUCACCGCCGCCGCUAAAUCGGAGAAGUCGGCUCCUUCCGCCGCCGCCGACGCUGCCGCCAAAUCGGAUGCCGCGGCGGCAAAGCGGAAGCCCGAGGGGCGACUGUCCCUGUUCCGGGCGGCGCUGAUGCGGAGGGACGUGACCCAGCGGCCC